AUGUCGUCUAAAUCUUGUUCUGUUGUGUCUACCAUCUGCUGCUUGGCUGCCAUUGUUCUCCUUAUUGGUGUUGCCAUUGCUUUUGGUCUCUAUGUUAAAUUUUACACAUCCAGUCAAUUGAAAAUUGAAAGUUUUUCACCUUCAAGUGGAAGUGUCAACUCUACAGUUGUUAUUUAUGGAAGUGGAUUCAAUUCUACUCAAACAACUUAUAACAUUGUCAAGUUUAAUGGAGUUUCUGCUACAGUUUCGUCUGCCAAUAGCACAGUAUUAUUAGUUAAGGUUCCACCUUUGGCCACAAGUGGAACAAUUUCUGUGAAAGUUUCUCAAACAACUUUUGAAUCUGUCGAUACAUUCACUGUAGUAACUACUUCUUCCAACACUACAAACAGCACUUCUUCCUCAUAA